CAGCUCCGACAGAAAAAAAAACAUGGCGACCCAGCGAGAGAGAGACGCGGCGGAAUAUCUAAAGAAACACAGGAUUACUGAACUCAUGGACGACAUGAUGAGCAUGCUGCUGUUUCACAGACCUGAGAAUCUGAGGGAGUUUCUCAUUGAGUACCUGAAGCAGCUUAAGGAAGCCAAGGAGAGCGACGUCAGAGGGCCAAACCUGUUCCACUCCUCUAACCUGGAUGUAAUCUUUGGGUUCCUAAAACCUGCAAAUCAAACAUCCAUCACUUUUUCACAGUAUAAGCAUGCUCUGGCCAUGCUUGGAUUAAAAGACUUCAACGAAUGCCCCGAAGGUGCAAAUGAAGACAGAAUAUCCCGUGAAACCUUUAAAACUGAAGCGAUGGACGCUCUGCAAAGAAGCUCAGCAACAUAUGCACACAUCUGAGGAUAUGUUUUCUGUUUGAAAAGGCCAUUUAUUUACUGUUCAUUAAUGUUUGCAAAGCCGUUAUCAAAAGUCACCCUGCUAGGAUUGAAAAAAAAAGGCUGGAGAAUUUAAUCCUGCAGGAUAUCCAGAAAUUUCUGUUGAAUUCUUGCUUUUAUGAUGUAAUUUUUGUUUUGUCAUUUCGUUGUAAACAUGAACUAAUACAUUAUUUAGCUUUCA